UGGGGGACAAGACUCAUGGAAGAAAGCAACACCAGCAGAGAGCGGUAUCUGAAAAGUGUUCUGCGGGAGUUGGUUACGUACAUGAUUUUCCUUGUGGUCUUGUGUGUCUUGACUUACGGGACAGUGAGUUCCAGUAUGUACUACUACACAAGGGUUAUGUCGCAGCUCUUCCUGGAAACGCCUGUAUCAAAAACAGAAAAAACUGAUUUCAAAACUUUGUCCACAAUGGACGACUUCUGGAAGUUCACAGAAGGCCCUUUGCUGGAUGGUCUUUACUGGGAGAUGUGGUACAACAACAAAACCAUGGCAGAAAACAAAAGCUUCAUUUAUUAUGAGAACCUGCUGCUAGGAGUACCUCGCAUUCGACAGUUGAAAGUGAGAAAUGGUUCAUGCUCAAUACCUGAAGAUUUAAAAGAUGAAAUCAAAGACUGCUAUGAUGUCUAUUCUGUAGCUAAUGAAGAUACUGCUCCUUUUGGACUUCAAAAUGGAACAGCUUGGACAUACACCACUGAGAAGGAUUUGAAUGGGAGCAGCCACUGGGGCUUGAUUGCCACAUAUAGUGGGGCUGGUUAUUACCAAGACCUCUCAAGGACCAGAGAAGUGACAGCUGUGCAGAUUGCUAGCCUUAAGAAGAACCUGUGGCUGGACAGAGGGACCAGAGCAGCUUUCAUUGAUUUCUCUGUAUACAAUGCAAACAUCAACCUAUUCUGCGUUGUCAGAUUGUUAGUGGAGUUUCCAGCCACUGGAGGCCUUGUUACGUCUUGGCAGUUUCAGCCGGUGAGGCUGAUUCACUACAUCUCCACUUUUGACUUUUUCCUGGCAGCGUGUGAAAUGGCAUUUUGUCUUUUUGUUCUUUAUUAUAUGGUGGAAGAAAUCUUAGAAAUUCACAUUCAUAGGCUGCAUUACUUCAGAAGUCUCUGGAAUUGCCUUGACGUCCUUAUCAUUAUGCUUUCUGUGGUAGGUAUAGGAAUUGGCAUCUAUCGGACAUCAACUGUUGAUACACUCCUGAAGAAGCUACUGGAAGAUCAGAACUCGUUCCCCAAUUUUGAGCCUUUGGCAUAUUGGCAAAUGCAAUUCAACAACAUUGCUGCAGUCACUGUGUUUUUUGUCUGGAUUAAGCUUUUCAAAUUUGUCAACUUCAACAGAACAAUGAGUCAGUUAUCCACUACCAUGUCUCGCUGCGUCAAAGAUGUCAUUGGCUUUGCUAUUAUGUUUUUUAUUAUUUUCUUAGCAUAUGCUCAGUUGGCCUAUCUUGUCUUUGGCACUCAAAUCGAUGACUUCAGCACUUUCCAGGACUGCAUAUUUACUCAGUUCCGCAUCAUUUUGGGAGACUUCAACUUCACAGAGGUUGAAGAAGCUAAUCGUGUUUUGGGACCAAUUUAUUUCACUACAUUUGUGUUCUUUAUGUUCUUCAUUCUUUUGAACAUGUUUUUGGCCAUUAUCAAUGAUACAUACUCUGAAGUCAAAUCAGAUAUGGCCCAACAGAAGGCAGAAAUGGAACUGUCGGACCUUAUCAGAAAGGGCUACAACAAAGCCAUGAUCAAACUUAAGUUGAAGAAAACUGCUGUUGAUGACAUUUCAGAAAGUCUGAGACAAGGUGGGGGAAAACUAAAUUUUGAUGAACUCCGGCAAGAUCUAAAAGGAAAGGGGCACACGGAUGCAGAGAUUGAAGCAAUAUUUACCAAAUAUGACCAGGAUGGGGACCAGGAAUUGACAGAGCAUGAACAUCAGCAGAUGAGAGAUGACCUGGAGAAAGAGAGGGAUCUGGACCUGGAUAGGAGUUCUCUGCCACGUCCUCUGAGCAGCCGCAGCUUCCCCCGGAGCUUGGAUGACUCUGAGGAGGAUGAGGAUGAAGACAGUGGACACAGCUCCAGGAGGAGAGGCAGCAGCUCUAGUGGGGUUUCCUAUGAAGAGUUCCAAGUACUCAUGAGGCGAGUGGAUCGCAUGGAGCAUUCUAUUGGCAGUAUUGUCUCCAAAAUCGAUGCGGUUAUUGUGAAGCUCGAAGCAAUGGAGAGAGCCAAACUAAAAAGGAGAGAUGUGUUGGGAAGACUGUUAGAUGGAGUGACAGAGGAUGAAAGACUGGGUCGUGACAAUGAAAUCCACAGGGAACAAAUGGAGCGACUUGUGCGAGAGGAGCUGGAGCGCUGGGAAUCGGAUGAUACAGCGUCUCAAAUGAGCCAUCGGUUGGGAACACCACUGGGACUGAAUGGCCAGCCUCGUUCGAGGAACUCUCGGCCAUCUUCCUCCCAGUCGGAUGGUAUUGAUGGGGGAGGAGGAAAUGGGGGGAAUAACAUCCACAUGUAG